UGCUCGACCGCCUUUUCACUCCUUCGACGCGGCGGAGCACCUCGCAGCCUCUUGCUCGUUCAGACGCACACGAUCACGCUGGAUCGCCCCCGGACACCUCUUAGCCCACCAUCUCGACCUCAACUUCGGGCCGUCUCGAGAGGCUCGCCGUGCACCUUUCGGGUGGGAGCAGCGACAGUGGUAGGAGUGACGCCAUGUCGAACGGCAAGCUCGAGGACAACCACGGGUCCUCCUAUGGGCCCUUCGGCCCCAUCUUCCAGCUCAUUCCUGGCGUGCAAUCGUACGACUGGGGCAAGCUCGCCGAUGACGGCUCACUCGUGGCGCAGUACGCGGGCGCAACAAAAGAGCUCGACUUCAAAUGCGCGGGUGACCGCCCAUACGCCGAGCUCUGGAUCGGUACACACCCGACGCUGCCUAGUUCCAUCAUUGCCCCAACAGGCGCACCUGCCCCGACAUCGAAUGGGACAACAGAACACAUCUCACUUGCCUCUUAUCUCUCCCAACACCCUGCGCUUUUGGGCAAAGCGGUCUCGGAUCGCUUCGGUGGACCCUCAUCCGGCCUGCCCUUUCUCUUCAAGAUCUUGAGCAUCGGCAAGGCCCUCAGCAUCCAAGCACACCCGGACAAGACCCUCGCUGAGCGCCUGCAUGCCGAGAAGCCCAAGAGCUACAAGGACGCAAACCACAAGCCGGAGAUGACCAUUGCCCUGACCGACUUCAGAGGCUUCUGCGGCUUCCGACCACUGCCGGAUAUCGUCGACUUCAUCCAAAAGAUCCCCGAGCUAAGAAGUGUCGUCGGUUUGAGCGAGACCGAGCUUGCCAGCCUGUCAUCCAAGGCGCCCCAGCAGAAGCCAGACGAAGAGAAAGCGGUGCUGAAGGACCUCUUUGCCAAGCUCAUGAAGGCCCGGGAGAGCGACGUCAAGACACAGGUCACCAGCCUUUCGCAGCGCUACGACAGCUACUUGCAACAGAGAAAGACUGGCGGAAAAGCUGCCGAGCCGAUUGAGGUGUCGACGGUCCUCGCCCAGCUCGUCGUCAAGCUCAACCAGCAAUAUCCUGCUGAUGUCGGUGUUCUCUGUACCUUCUUUCUCAACGUCAUCGACCUCCGACCGGGCGAGGCCAUGUUCCUGCAGGCAAACGAGCCCCACGCAUACAUCGAGGGCGACAUUGUUGAGUGCAUGGCCGCGUCGGACAACGUCGUGAGAGCCGGUCUCACGCCAAAAGAGCGCGACGUCGAUGUCCUCGUGGACAUGCUCACGUACGAGAUGGUGUCUUCGCGAGGCGAUGGGAGUCAAGACGAAAAGAAGCUAGAUGCAAUUGUCGACAGCGGGCACAAGUACGAGGUGAAAAACACCAAGGCUGAGCCAGGUACAACAAUCUAUGACCCGCCGAUUGAAGAGUUCACCGUUCUCAAGACGGUCGUGGCGGCCGGCAAGGAGGUCCGGCAUCGCGCGCUCAACGGACCUAGCAUCCUUCUAGUCACAGAGGGGAAAGGAGACCUGACGUGGCUGCCAAGUGAGGAGACUGCCUCGCAGAGGAGAACCCUCACGCUCGAGCAACCAGGCCAGGUUUUUUUCGUUGGGGCAGACAGUGCCAUCGAACUGAGGAGCAGAGGACAAGGGGAGGACCUGGUGGUCUUUAGAGCGUUUGUAGAAGUGUAAUUAAAUUGACCUCUUGUAUGAUGCUGCUACUUGCUCUCAAAUGCACAAUCAGCACACCACCU